CGUGACGUCACCCCUCCAACAACGUCAUUUUAUUUCCACCUUCCAAGAUGUUUUUCACACCGAACGAGAAACACAACCCAUCAAAGUUCACCUGCAUUUAGUUUCAAUCCGAGCAAGCACGCGUGCAUCCGACAUCAAAUAUACCUCUUUUUUAUUGCCACAUGUAACGCACGUGUCGUCCGGUUCCAGGAACUGCAACAAUAUUAACCUUUAAUAUGCCAGAGAGCUUAGAGUAAGACCUGCGAAAAUGGUCGGGGGAAAAUAAACAUCUAGGAUAAACUUUACUAAAAAAUUUAAACGACAUCGCACUAUCCCCCGCUAACGGUUUCAAAACCAAUGAAAGGUAAGCGAGGGUUUAAAUCGCGCCUCGCUCCAGUCCGUCAAUCCAUGUCGGGUUUUCCACGCGCCAUCUCCAUGUUUUGACUACCACCACCAACAGCAACACAGUGAGCCCUGCCAACACAUAGCCGUUGCGCUUGCAAACCCCGCUGUGUUUUUCAACAAAAUGGCUGAUUUAGGGGAUGAUACCGGAGCGAGAGCCCUACUGGCGCUCAAAUCUGCGCCUUGUAGCCCGGUGGCUGUUUCUGUCCCGCCGGUGUACACGCUUUCCUCCUCGACUUCGCCCGGAAUCACAUCAUCCAUGUCCCUCUCCUCUCCGUGGCAGGCCCUCGCUCGCCUGGAAGGCAGGGACUUCGAGUUCGCCAUGCGCCAGAGGACGGUCACCGUGGGGCGGAAUUCGUCGCACGGCUCCGUGGAUGUCAACAUGGGCCACUCGAGCUUCAUUUCCAGGAGGCAUCUGCAGAUCAGCUUCGAGGAGCCGCAUUUCUACCUGCGCUGUCUCGGCAAGAACGGUGUGUUUGUCGAUGGCGUUUUCCAGAGGAGAGGCGCACCUCCACUUCUCCUGCCGAGGGAGUGCACAUUUCGAUUUCCCAGUACGGUGAUAAAGAUUCAGUUUACGGCGCUGUACCACAAGGAGACACAGAAGGAGGAGGCUCCUGUAUCCCCUGUGAGACCCCUUUACCCUCAGAUCUCUCCGCUGAAAAUCAGCAUUCCUGAAAAUGACUUCAGAAGUAUGAUGAGUCCCCUGCCUUCACCGACAGGAACUAUUAGUGUUCCCAAUUCCUGCCCAGCGAGCCCUCGGGGUGCAGGUUCCUCGGGAUACCGCUACGGGCACAACAUCACCUCAGAUCUCCAGCUGGCAGCAGAGUGCGCUGCCAAAGCUGUGUCAGAACAGCGCACUGAAGCCACAGGAGGAGAUAGUCCUAAGGAUGAGUCCAAACCUCCAUACUCGUACGCUCAGCUGAUAGUCCAGGCCAUCUCGUCUGCACCGGACAGACAGCUAACACUAAGUGGCAUCUACGCUCACAUCACCAAGCAUUAUCCCUACUACAGGACGGCGUUCUGGCGUGUGGACCCCUCAUCAGAGUCCAAGUUGGUGGAGCAGGCCUUCAGAAAGCGCCGACAGAGAGGAGUGUCCUGUUUCCGCACACCCUUCGGCCCACUGUCCUCAAGGAGUGCUCCAGCAUCUCCCACCCACUCCGGCCUCCUCUCUCCACACUCAAGUGGCCUCCAGACCCCCGAGUGUCUGUCACGGGAAGGAUCACCAGUGUCUCAUGAGCAUGACUUUGGUUCUAAGCUUGCUUCUGUGCCCGAGUACCGAUACUCCCAGAGUGCACCAGGCUCUCCAGUGAGCGCUCAGCCUGUAAUCAUGGCCGUGCCACCUCAGUCCUCAGCCGCGAUACCCAAGCCUGUGGCUUACAUGCCGGCCUCCAUCAUUAGCUCCUCCCAGGCCUCUGGUCAGGCCAUCCAUGUGGUGCAGCAGGCGCCAGCUGUCACCAUGGUCCGUGUAAUGACCACCUCGACCAGCUCUCCCAAUGGCUAUAUCCUGGCUAACACCAACUCAUCAAACUCUAGAGAGGGACCUGGAGAUCAAAGAGUCUUUCCGUCUAUGGUCUGUGUAGGUGCAGUGGAGGAGAUGCCUGUGGUUGGCAGUAGAGUUAUUCAGGCUGUAGGGAGUCACAUAAGCUUGGCCAAUAGGGGGCAGCAGAGCUACACUGUUGUCCAGCAGAGUGCCAUGCACCAGCUUCCUGUGCAGACCAUUGCUCAGAAUGGCAAACAUGCUCUUCCUGUCACCAGUGUACCAGCCAGUGCUUACGCUUUUACCAAUCCUCUUCAGAUCUUGGCUGCGCAGGCUUCAACGUCCCCACCUGUGCUGGUCAACAGACCCACCAGCAUUGAAUCCGACGAGCCCAAACCCAAACGGCCCAAAAUGGAGGAGGACAGUGUCGCUCCAGUCCCUCAGCCUGUAAUUGUUGCAAUGAAUCAAGAGGCCAGCGAAUGAACGAGUGAGUGAGCGAGUGAGCCGACGACCGAUCUUUAAAGCACAUCUCGCAAUAUCGUUCAACAUAUUGAGGGAAACAUGUUUGGUUUUCUUUAAAACGUUUCGUAAACGCCCGACACGGGUGACUGACGGAAUGUCUUUGGAAGAAGAGGUUGUUGUUUCAUGGGGGUAAAUUCAUUGAGCUACAUCUGGCAGCAUUAAAAUUCAAUGCUCACACAGUUUUAAAUUUGUAGGGGUUGUUAAUCUUGCAAGAAUGUUUGAAAGAAGUAUGAAGAGAGGUACAUGUGCGCCCAGUUAGUUCCUCACAAGGUACAGCUGAGAGAGUUCUUCUUUUCGGGAUGGGGUGGGACCAAUACCUAUGCAGCUAUUACAGUCUGAGACCAAGAGUGUCUCUGAAUUGAAGCGGUAUAUAAAAAGGGUCACAGGAAGCUGUGUGUCACUGCAGUUACCUGUUAAGUACCUUUGUGAGGAUUUAUUUAUCUCUCUGUUUAAAAGCAAAAAGGCUGUCUUUAAUGAAACAAGAUUGUUACAACUCAAAGCAGAAAUGAAUAGAUAUAAUAGAGGCCUUUUCUAGCUGGAGUCCUUUAACCUACAUUAUUAUAGGCUAGUAUACAAUAUAUUUUUCUGUGGAGGAUUCUUACCUUGCUUGCUUACUACAAAGAGAAAUGUCUACAAAUAUGCUAAUUUCUUAAUUGGUCUAUGUUUAGCGCAAAAAUUAAAAAGAACUCGAUGAAUGUAAGUACCGUUUGUUUAUUUGUUAUGACUCAUGGCACCCACUUUUGACCUAAACAAUAUAUUAAACCGUUAGAAUGUGUUUGUAGAUACAUUUUUUAUGUUUUGUGUUUAAAAAAAAUGGAAUAACUGUAAGUUCAUCGUAUUUAAAGUAGCUCAGUCGUAUCUGUCCAUCACCCUUAAAAAGCACUUGGCCAAAAUUCUGCUCCAUAAAUACCUUAAGCAACAUAAUCCCGAUUGCAUCAGUGGAUGAAUGCAAGCACACGAUACGUUGCUGAUGUAUCUGAUGUCAACCAAAUGCUUUUCCAGACCUAGGAAUGUAACUGUUCAUAUUGAUUGUUGCAGGGGCUGUUUCUUCACUGACUUCCUGUGAUCACUUAAUAAUCACAGAAGCCACUAAAUGAAUGUUCAGUAUUUUUUCUGAGAGUUCAAGAACCUUAUUUUUAAGUAAUAUACAGAAAGUCAGCCUUUAAUGAGACUUUCUAGUUUUACUAAGAGGAGAGUAAAUAUAUAUUGUUAGAAUUGUGUUUUCAAGACAAUCACUAACAGGAUUCAGUAACCGCUUUGUAUGUUGCAAAUUAUACACACCACAGAUGGUGAAGUGAAGUAGCUUUACGUGAGCUACCGAUAGCUUCUUUGUAUGCUAGUGUAGUCGUACAGUGACAGCCGUACAGUGUUGAUUUUGUAGUAGAAAUGGGAACUUUAACAGACCAAAUACAUAUCCUCAACAUUAGUGCCUUAGUGCUCCACUUCUUUCAGGACUAAAUAAAAAAUCAUUGUGAUGUACUACUUAAAGACAAUAACAUCAAACGUACCUACUAAGAAGUUAAUUUGCGGGUUGGACACAUCUUGUGAUAAAUGAACAACAGCAUUCUGCCUGUGUAACAAAGUCUAGAGAUGAUGAAUCAAGUUGUGACUGGAAACGACUGAGCAAUAUUGAUAAAAGAAGACAGGAAAUGAAAUCUUGCUGGUUCUGUGUUCUUUUAAACUUCUUAUAGCUCAGUGGACUAAUGCAUAAAUCAAGAGGAAUCUGUCCGUAAACAGAAAAGCCUUUUGGUGGAUUUAAAGGAAUAGUUCAUCCAAAAAAAAUGAAAAUGUACUGACUCUCAGGUUAUCCAA